GUGGAACAGGUGGGCUAUCAGCUGCCUGGAUUACACAUCAUACGAGAGCUUGAGCUGGGGGGUGGAGGAGACAGAGCAGCUGGACAUGGCGCUGGCCCUGCAGGACCAUUACACACUGAUCAAGUCCCUCAAGGUGGUCCCAAUGACGCUCACGGUUGAGAGAAAGCCACCUGUUUUCGCCGUAGAGAGCGCGAGUGAGAGCAAGGACACUGCGUUGACAACGCAUUCACCACCCUUGAUGAAACAGUCAUGACUACCAUUGACGACACAAUCACCACUACCAUUGACGCCGCAGUCACCACUACCAUUGACGCCGCAGUCACCACCACCAUUGAUGACACAGUCACCACCACCACCAUUGAUGACACAGUCACCACCACCACCAUUGAUGACACAGUCACCACCACCACCAUUGACGACACAGUCACCACCACCACCAUUGACGACACAGUCACCACCACCACCAUUGACGACACAGUCACCACAACCACCAUUGAUGACACAGUCACCACCACCACCAUUGAUGACACAGUCACCACCACCACCAUUGAUGACACAGUCACCACCACCACCAUUGAUGACACAGUCUCCACCACCACCAUUGACGACACAGUCACCACCACCAUUGACGACACAGUCAUCACCAACAUUGACGUCCCAGUCACCGCCACUGAGCUUUGCAAAGGAUAAAAUUGUUAACGGAAUAAAUGGAUUCAACGAGGAAUGGUGUGGAGAUUCAGCACUGCCUUUAGCCCCGUUAGUGAGUGGCGGUUCGGCGAAGUCUCCAGUAUGUCUGACCUUCUGACGAAGUGCCACUACAACACAGUUGAGCACAAGAUGGAGGGAGUUCCACUGCCGUCCAUGUGCACAGCCAGAGACAUUUCCCUCUGUCUUGAAAGUCUAGGAGCAACACACAACCUUAGUGUAGCUAACAGAGGUUAGGUACUGGUGUCUAAUUUGAUUCAGGUUUUGAUGUUACAUUAUUUAUUUUUUUUGGAAAAGACUAUCCCAUGUUAUAUUGAGGUUGAAGGGAAGAGCCUUUUAUGUAUGACCUUCUUGACACAGUUCCAGUGGUGGUAAAAUUGGACCUUUUAUUUAACUAGGCAAGUCCGUUAAGAACAAAUUCUUAUUUUCAAGGACGGCCUAGGAACAGUGGGUUAGCUGCCUUGUACAGGGGCAGAACGACAGAUUUUUACCUUGUCAGCUCGGGGAUUCGAGCUUGCAACCUUUCGGUUACUAGUUUAAUGCUCUAACCACUAGGCGACCUGCCGUGUCAAUUGAAGGUACUGUUUAACAAUUUACCUCGCAUGGUUUGGUGUUUAAAUCGUGCCCCUAUUUUUGUAACUUGUUUGUCUUGGAGAUAGAAACAUGCAAAAGUUUGUUUUAUUUACUACUUUUCUGUGAGAUACUGACUAUACAGAGAAAGAAAUACAUAUUUUCUGUUUGUCUUGUUUGUUACUCAUAGCCAUAGGAUGAGCAAGUUGUUUGCCAUAUUACACCAUUUUUAUGCUAGCACUUUAAUGAAUUUUGCACUCUUAAACCCAUUUUCAAUUUACUGAAGGGCAAGUCUGCUCUCUGUGUGGGUAGGACCAGAAAGGGACCACAACACGCAAACUAAAACAAAGGGAGAGAAGACACACAAGGUCCCAAAUGGACAUUUCCCAACGAUGCAUGUGAUUCUGUUGCCAUGUAAUACAAAUAGUCUUUAAUACCACCUUUCAUGAUUUUCCUUGUGCUCUUUGUAUUCUGUUAUUUUUUUAUGGUUGUUUUUCUAUCAUCACCAUGAAGCUUCAGUGAAUCAGACAAGCUGUUUGAGGUGAUUUAUUUUAUAAUUGACAGUACAUAUGAAGAUGCUCAAUCAGGAGACAAAUGUUAGUUCAGUCAUUAACAUGGCCAAUGAGGCAAGAUGACUGUUGCCAGCAGCAUACGAACCUGCAUCCCACUGCUGGCUUGCCUCUGAAGGUCAGCAGGAUUGAUCCUGGUUGGUCCCUGGAUGGGAGACCAGAUGCUUCUGGAAGUGGUGUUGGAA